AUCAAUCAUAGUAAUCACAAGAAUUAGCGCGAGAGUUUCUGAAGAACAAGGAGAAAGCAGGCGAAGGAAAGAAAUUUGAAAAUGUCCGUGUUCAAGGGCGUGGGAUUAGGGUUGGCUUUUGCCAAUGCUAAUUCCAGUUGCAAUUUUCCAUCUAAUCCAAGAAUAUUCCUCGAAUCUGUCACUUCGAACUGUGAAUUUCCACCAAUUUCACUUCGUCCUCGUGCGUUGCUUUCUGAAAAUGGCAACGAUUCUAAAUUCGAUACCAGGAGUAGUUCUACACCGACUGCAGCUGACGCUAAAGGUUCCGGAACCACUGCUAGAGGUCGUCGAUUGCUUAAGCUUCGUGAAGAGAAGCGCAAACGGGAGCACGAUCGUCUCCACAAUUACCCUGCCUGGGCCAAAGUGUUGGAAGAUGCAUGUAAAAACGAUGCGGAACUACGCGCUGUUCUUGGCGACAGUCUUGGCAAUCCAGAGCUCAUGAGGAAAAAGGUCGAAGAGAGAGUUCGGAGGAAGGGUAGAGAUUUCCAAAAGUCAAAAACGGGUUCCAUCCUUGCCUUCAAAGUCAGCUUUAGAGACUUCAAUCCUCUUGACUCCUACAUAUGGUUUGAGCUGAUUGGAUCACCAUCAGAUCGAGAUGUUGAUCUUAUUGGCAGUGUAAUCCAGUCAUGGUAUGUCAUGGGUCGAUUGGGGGCCUUUAACUCUUCUAAUUUGCAGCUGGCAAAUUCAUCAAUGGAGCACAAUCCUCUCUAUGAUGCAGAAAAGGGGUCUAAAGUGAUGCAGUCUUCAUUUCAUGAUAUCAGUGAUGUUGAGUUUCAGGAUAACUGGGGCCGAGUUUGGGUUGACCUCGGGACGUCGGAUUAUUUCGCCAUUGAUGUACUAUUGAACUGCUUGACUGUCCUAAGCUCAGAGCGCAGAUAUUUAGGAAUCCAACAAGUGGUGUUUGGGGGACGACGAAUUGGCGAUUGGGAAGAAGGGAUGAGAAGCCCCGAGUAUGGGUACAAGUAUUUCAAAAUCUAAAUUUAGAAUCUGGAUUUUGUUUCUGUUUAUUACAUUCUGCAUGUAUAUAAUGCCCCCUUCGAUAUCACAAGUCUUCCAUUUUUCUCUACUGGGAAGUUUUUAGCCUUAAAUCAAACUAGACUCGGAAUCUUGCAUUCAGAAAAUUGAAAAAAAAAAAAAGUAGAAGUUUUUGGA